AUGAAGCAUGCCAUGAUUGUCACCCUUUGUGAGGGGGCACUGCACAACGCCCCGUUGAAUAAUCCUCAGAAAAUCCUGGAUAUCGGUACCGGUACUGGUAUCUGGACCAUUGACAUGGGCGACGAGUACCCAGAAGCUGAGGUCACUGGCAUUGACCUCAGUCCUAUUCAGCCUUCAUAUGUGCCUGUAAACGUAUCUUUCAUUAUUGAUGAUGCCGAAGCAGAGUGGCUGUAUCCGGAUGAUUCAAUCGACUACAUCCAUCUGCGAAACAUGGGCCCGGGUAUCAAAGACUGGACGAAGCUUCUCAAUCAGGCUUACAGAGUUCUCAAGCCAGGUGGCUGGAUUGAACUCCAGGAGAUGAAAUGGGACUUCAAUUGUGAUGAUGGCACUAUGCCUCCUACUUAUGCCCUGACGAAGAUGACGGAUCUUAUUUGGCAGGGGCUUGGUAAAUUUGGUAUCAAGGCGAACCCAGCAGACGUCAACCCCCAACGCCUGAAAGAUGUUGGCUUUGUGGGACAAGUUCAUGAUAUAAAAAAGGUGCCGGUUGGUGAAUGGCCUAAACGGCAGGAGUUGAGAAAGAUCGGUGCUUAUUGUAAGGCUGUCCUUUAUGAUGGUCUGCAUGCGAUCACUGUUGGGCCCCUUACACGAGGCUUAGGGUGGACUGCUGAAGAAGUUGAGAUAUUCUUGAUUGGCGUACGGAAGGAUCUGCUGAACACUUCGAUCCACUCAUACGUCCUUUAUCAUAGUGUUGCAGGCCAGAAGCCGCAGAAGACUGAGGAAUCAGCCUAG